CCGAAUCCGUCGAUGGCGGAACGCGGGGAAGGGGGAACUGGCGGACGCGGACAAACGGAUUGUUUCUCGCGACUCGCGACGCGGAGCGGACUGCGGAGGGAUGCGGUCAACGCGGACAGCGGACGAACUGUCACCGCGUCUUGUCCCCGGGGGAAGGAAUUAGAGACAUCGGAGAAAACGACGACAGGCAGAGAACCAUGGAGGAGGGAAGUUACAAACGUCGCUCUUGCCAUCUCGCCAGCGUAUUUCCGGGCAUCAACCUCGACGACGACGUCGUCGACCUGCCGACGGACACCCCGUUCAUCACCAGGCUGGACGUCUUCUGCUUGGUCUGUUCUAUAACCAUGCACAUCGUGGACAUGUGUUUCGAUUACAACAUUGCCAUCCGAUACUACCUGGGCGGCAAGGUGACGUACUUCGCUUGGACAAUGUGCCUCAUACUCAUUCCCUCCCUGAUCAACGUCGUCAUCAGCAUGAGGAUGCAGCAUCAGGAUAAAGAGAUGAGCUCUGGCGUGGACGCGUCGAGUGAUUACAAGACGACGCGUUUGCUGAUCAAGAACGGGCUGUAUUCCACGAUCGCCGUUCUCCUGCAACUGGCGCCGGUUAUACAUUACUGGGAGACCUUGAAGUGUGCGCUAAAAGCACGUAAGUGCGAGAAAUCUGGGGACCGCGUCGGCCAGAGGAGAUAUUAUCGGAGGAUGCUCAAGGAGGAUGAAGAUGUCGCCUUGCUACGAGUAUUUGAGUGUUUCCUGGAAGCCGCGCCGCAGCAAGUCCUUCAGCUAACUCUGAUGCUGACGCAUUACCAUAAUGAGAUUAAUCUUGAAUUUGCACAUCAAGUAGGUAGUAUUGUCAGCUCACUUGCAAGUAUGGGUUGGGCAAUGGCCAGCUACCAUCGUAGCAUUCGAUUAGCUCAACAAAAUAAGUCGCAUAUUGACCUUAUGGGAACUGUGUUACAAUUUCUGUGGCACUUUUGCAUCACAGUGGCAAGAAUCUUAUCUCUCGGUGUUGUUGCAAGCAUCUGGCCUCUCUAUACCGCAAUCUGUUGCCUAAUACAUUGGAUAUCCAUGACAAUAUGGAUUUUGAUCGACUCCCGUGGGAUAUUAGAGUUCUGUCGGAUUUACAGUCACCCACCGCACAUGCUGCCAACGUUUAAAGAAUAUGUUUAUUCUGUACUGUUUGCCACAGUUAUUGGGAUAGUUCACAUUUUCAUAUAUCUAAAUGCCGUAGAUAGCAACACAUUUUGGAAACAUCUAUGUUUCUACGUGCUCUGCUUUGCGGAAAAUGUUACCGCAAAUCUGUUGUGGCGAUAUACGUCUCCACCUGAAGUUCAAGAGGCUUGGUACUUUAAUGUAUUCUUUAGUAUUUGUAUCGUCUCCUUUUUUAUAGGAAUUACGGCAAUGAUAGUGUAUUACACCACAUUCCACCCCUCAAAAAAGCAACAAGCUUCAAAUUCAAUUCAAGUCAAUCGAGUCAUGUGAUUGUGGAUAUCUAUUUCUUAUUUAAAGAUUAAAAUACUCGAUCCUCCCUAUAUUACAGUUUAUAAGGCAUUUUUUGAUACAUUAUCUUGAAAGAAGUCGAAGAGAAUCUCAAUAUUAAAAUUUUUUUAGUAUAUAUAUAUAUAUAUCUAUAUAGCUCAAGUUCUCUUACUAAAGACUUUGUAUACGACAUAUAUAUCUAUUCAACUCUCUUUCUGCGUACUGCAAUUUAUAAAAAUUUAGCAAAAUGAAGUAAUUCAUAUGUUGUACAUAUGAAUAUGGUUUUCUAUAAUUCUACAAGAUUUUUCCCCAGACUGUUAGUCAUUCAUAAUAUAAGCAAGACCAUAUUUUGAUUACAUUUGUAACAUAGUUUCAAAAUAUCUCAUAGACUGCGCAGAUGUAGACAUAUACCUAUGACUGUCGUGAUUAAUAGAAGCCAACUAGAUAUUACUUUUUAUAUUGCAACUUUGAUAAAAAUCGUUUUUUACUCUUAAUAAUAUCUCUCAGGGAUAUGUAUGAGUAUAUAUAAACUGCUAAAAUAUUAUAUACAAUUUUCAAUGUAUAUAAGAUGAGAGAGAUUAGAUAUAAGUUAUGUGAUAUUAAUGUAUAUUAAAGACUGUACGUACUUUUACAACGAAAGAAUAAAUU